AUGGAGCAGAGAGGCAGGGCAGGCAGACUAGUCAAGUUACAUGCUUCCCGCAGCCGCCGAUCUCCGCGCAUCCAAGACACCAGCACCUGGAGCUCCCAAACACCAGCCAGCACAACUGUAAUCAGGAGUCGUAUGUUUAUAUGUCAGCAUGACCAUCGCCUUGAACCUGCCGUCGGCCGCAUGGAACAGAUGCUCAGGAGCACGCAGGUGGCAGACACCAGUUUCGACAUCGCCAGGUGGUGCCGCCAGGAGCUGGACACGCAGCCGUCCGACAAGGUGCGAUUUGGGGGGGCUGCUGGUGAGUUGCAGACUUUUCCCACCGAGUUCUGUGCGGGAGUGAAGAAGCGCGCUGGAAGUAUCGUUCUGCUUUCCAGAGUGUUGCAGAAGAAAACAGUUUUCCCAUUUGUGGCGAGUCUCGGCCUGGAUCCACGGACAGUGACAUCGGUGAUCGUGUGUUUUCUCGGCCUGACUCACCCCGACAGUCAUCUUGAAGGCUUGUUCACUGGCCUACGCUUACGGGUCGGGUUCGUCCUAGCAAAGCAUGCGGGGUUCAAAAUCAAAGAUGCGAAGCCAUUGCGGCCAGUGGGCAAGUGGGAGGACAUCUGGUUGUUAGCACUGCCACAGCUUGCUUGUCUGUACGAUGAACUGCUCCAGAUGAGUCUGGAGAUGCAUCGCCACCUGGAGCGGGUGCUAGAUGCCAUCAGCCAGGGAAGGAAGCACGAGACUGCAAAACCAGAGCUCGGGCUGCGACGCCAGAGUCAGUGUGCAGCGGUGAGGGCACCCUGUCCACGGUGGGAACCUCGCAAUCGACCUUCUGUUACUUCGAGAAGGUUAUUCCAAGAGGACCCAGAGAUCCAAGAGACGAUGGUCACGAAGGUGCAAGACCCACCAUCUUGGCAAAUGUCGCGGGAACCGCCGAAACGUCCCGCUGGGCCUCCCACUGGUCGUCCUCGGCCUUGCUCACAGGAUCGGAAGACAGCUGUCCAGCGUGCAUCCGGGAUCACCCAAGCCAUGAACAAGAUGUUUGAGAACGAUGCUGCAGCUGCGCAAAGGGCUCGUGAGCACCAAGCUGGACUGUUCUGCGACAUGUGGACCGGCACGAAAGGCAGUGCCCCGCUUAACAGUGCACGGAGCUCGCCGUCCUUCCAGAAUGCACCUGCUGCAGAGACCCGGAACUUGCCAAUUGCAUUCCCUAGCGUGGUCAGUUCUCACGGACUCUGGUCACAUCCAAGCGCUCAGCCAGUCCGACAGCCACGUCCCAGCUCGAGUCAAGGACAAGGACAAGGACACGCGGUGAGCGGACCUCCAGAAGCUUUUCCUUCCACCAACUUGAACAUCUCAAGUGCCGAUCCCCAGGUUCAAGAGUAUGGAGCGCGCAGGGAGAAAGACGAGGACGAGGCAUUCCUUGCCCUGCCAGCCACAAGUACGGAAGGGCCGUGGAGCGACACCUUCCAUGAUACUCCAGCUACCUCGGAGCUUGCAUGCAACAUCUCUCUCUCGGGCGGAAGCCCUUCACUGGAAACGUCUCUUCCGAAGUCGACUGGGCCUGUGCAUGUAGCUCCCAGUUGUCCCGAUGCUGUCGUACCAAAGCAGACCGCAGAAGCAGAAUGCCCAGUCUGGAGCUUCAGCGCACAAGACACAGUCACUCCGCAGGCCAAUAUGGUGAGUGAGAUGCCAGCUCCGGAGACAUCACCUCCAUUGAAUGCACAGCUCUGCCUGUCCGGUACCAGCCGUCGAUGGUAUUCUCCUGACUGGUUUCCUACAACCUCGAUCCAAGUCGCUGACUUGGGUGCCGAACAGGAGAACCGUGGCGGAAUCGUCCCGCGCUUGCCUUUGCUCUUGGGGCACAGCACAGAGGCUUGGGAGCCAACAGCUAUCUUGCAGCACAACGAUGCGGCAGAGGAGUUCCCGGUCUCUGAUAUCUUGGACAUCUUUGCUGCAGGCACAGCACCUUCUGGCAUCUUCAAGCAUCUCUGA